AUGUCGGACAAUCGCACCAAUAGACUCAACUUCACCGAUAAUGCAAGCAAAUCUGUACUUUCCCUCACUUCGCCGGCGAAGUUAAAUGUGGUGUCUUCAGACUGGUCGAAAUUGACAGCGAAAAAGCCCAUGGGGAAAAUCAACAAACGGCAACUCUCUAGCAAUUCGACAACACUAUCAAACGUUACGAACAUUCUGCCGAGCUCGAAAAGCGCUGUGCAUCGACCCACGCUUCAGUACGUGCCACCGCUCUUGAAGCGGUCUUCGUCGCUGUUCAAAGAUGAUCUCGAAACCAACGAUCGCAAAUCUAUCAAGUCACAGGACUCUGACGACGGCUGUUUCAACACCGAUCGAUUCAUCCCGCUCCGCAAGGAAAACUCGUUUUCCCACUCAAAGAUCGACCCGCUCGAUUUGGAGGAAGAGGUCCCCCCACCCAAUGCAUCGCCUUCAACCCAUUUGAAGGCGCAAACCAAAAGAGUAUUCAAGCAAAACGUGGCAGAAGCCUGCGGGCUGGACAUGAACCAACGCAUUUUGCAAUACAUGCCUAAACCGCCAGCUUCGUCGAGCCGGAAACAAACGUAUUCGAUCGGCAAUCGAUCCCACUAUUCAUAUUCGUCAUUGGCCAACUCGGGGCCCAGUCCAGAGCUGGCCAAACUGAGGAAAAUCAAUUCCAACCCAGAAAGGAUUUUAGACGCGCCAGGUUUCCAAGACGAUUUCUAUCUAAAUCUUGUGAGUUGGUCCAACAAGAACGUUCUCGCCAUCGCGCUCGACUCUGCAUUAUAUCUCUGGAAUGGCGCUACCGGCAACGUCACACUUCUUAACGAUUUUGAAGAGCCAGGAGCGAUAAGCAGCGUUACUUGGUCUGACGACGACUGCCAUAUUUCGAUCGGUAAAUCCGGAGGAGACACAGAGAUCUGGGAUGUCGAAACAAUGUCGCAUGUCAGAACAAUGAGAUCUGGGCUUGGGGUUCGCAUCGGAUCACAGUCGUGGCUCGAAACGCUAGUGGCUACAGGAGCCAAAAGUGGUGAAAUCCACAUUAAUGACGUUCGAAUCAAAAACCAUAUCGUUUCCAGCUGGGAAGAACAUCGGGGCGAAGUGUGUGGAGUUAGCUAUCGCCCAGAUGGGUUGCAAUUGGCUUCAGGUAGUAACGACAAUACCGUGGUCAUUUGGGACACAAGAACUUCCUUGCCCCAGCAUAUCAAGAGACAGCAUACUGCCGCCGUCAAAGCCAUGGUUUGGAGCCCUGACACUACAAACCUUUUGGCAACCGGGGGCGGUCAAACAGACAAACAUAUUCAUUUUUGGAACACAACAACCGGUGCCAGAACUGGCAGCAUAAACACUGGAUCCCAGGUCAGUUCGCUUCACUGGGGUCAAAGUUACAGUUCCAACACCAUGCAGCGAGAAAUAGUGGCCACGGGCGGCAAUCCUGAAAACGCAGUGUCCAUUUACAACUACGACACCAAAUUCAAAGUUGCUGAGAUAGUUCACGCACACGAGGCCAGGAUAUGCUCCAGUCAAUUAUCGCCAGAUGGCACCGUCUUAGCAACAGUAGGAGGGGACGAAAACCUAAAAUUCUACAAGGUGUUUGAGCCCAGGAGGAAAAGACCUCAAGGAGUUUGCGACGGGGAUAGUCUUAUGGGUCUUCUUAACGUGGGUGACGCCUGUGACGACGAUUCUUCGCGAUCACCCACUCGCAGAAACACUUCAGGUUUCGUCAUUAGAUGA